AGUAUGUUAUAUUUCUAAACAGAUGGAGAGUGCCCCCAAAACAACUUCUUUUAUUGUGGCGAAAGUUUCGAUUAUAAUUCUUAUGCUAAAUGUAUUCUUAAAGUAUGGGUUUGCGAUGGAAUGAAAGACUGUCCCAAUGGAGAAGAAGAAAAUAAUUGCCCAACUGAGUAUGAUAAAAGAAUACAAGAAAUAAAUGCUUCAAAGAAAAGGGCCAUUAAUUACCUUUUGGCGCAGUCAAAGCUCAAUUCCUCAAUAGGAAAAUGGGGUCCGGAACUGAACAGAAUAGCUGUUGCUUUAUACCUUGCUGCCGAACCAGAACAAAACUCAUUUUCUCGUGUUCGUCAACAGCGAGACACCAUUCCUUACGAACUCAGUCUCCAGUUCUUCUCAAGACUUGCUCUGAAAAAAAUUGAAGAUGUUUCAAAUACGGAUGGCUGCAUUCAUUAAUGCUUUCUCGUG